AGCGAGCUUAGCAGUAGCAAUCACAGAGUGUGCCGUUUUAGAAACGUAACCUUCUUUUUCUUUUCUUCUUUUCUCUUUAUUUUUGUGUAUCACUAUCAUUAUAUACAACAAUAGUCAAUGUCGACAAUUCUAGACCACUCACGUCGAAUGUAUGACCCGGCAUCGCCCAUUACUGCGCCAACUACAAGUCCUGGGUCAUCUCAUCAAAAUGGCACUACCGGCACGAACUCAACAAGUGCCACCGCAAAUAGCACAAACAGCGGUACUGGCAGCACUACACCGAGCAGUACUUCCAGUAGCAAUAGUAACGGUGGUUGCAGCACGAUUAGCAGUGGGAGCAGUACGAGUAGCAGCCAUAACAAUAGCAACAGCAACAAUAACAACAGCCAUAGAGUAUGGAACGAUUCGUCCAUUGAAUGUAACAGUAGUACCGAGAAUCUUUCUACUUUUGAAGAAAACAACAAUAAGCGAUUAUUGUCGGCCAAGUUAAGCGGCAGGACUACUAGCACAACGACUACGGCCAGCACUACCACUUCUACUACAGCCAACAACACUAAGAACAACCUCGUCUGUCACCACUUUUCAUCUCAUGCUCGACCCUCUACUUCACCACAACAACAAUCGCCGGCUUCCCUGCCAAAUCACAUUUCCAAUAAAGAUCGAUUGAAUGCAAGUAGCAUUGCCAAGAGCAACGGAAGCAGCAGCAAAGCCAACAAGAGCAAAAAGGACAUUGUCCAUUUACCCGGGGAAUCGAGUUUGAAAUCGUUACGCAAAAGAAGGCUCAAGGAAGCAAAAUGCGACUAUGAAGCGAGAAUAGAACAGUAUUUCCAGCAGCUUACGGUAGGAUGUGGACGUGCAGAUUGUAUGAACCGGUUUUGCGCUACAGGCAAAGGUGGUAUACGCAAUUUACAUCGACAAGCAGCACUCGUUAUGUCCAUUCAACUUGCAUCGAAACCCGAAAGUCGUCUUUGUCAAUAUCAUACAUUUUACGAGACAGCACCAAAAGCUCAACAUGCGUGGGCUGCUGAGGAGGAAGAUGAGGAAGAGGAACAGCACCAACAACCAGCACGUGCAAAGCCAUUUUUGCUGUCCCUAUUUUCGUCAUCGUCUUUUCUGUCAUUAUUUGGAAUGCAAGUUGAUCACGAUCAAACCAAGAACAGCAACAACAGAUCCGGUUCAAGUAGUCCCAGUAGCAGCAGCAGCAGCAGUAAUAUAGUGGAGGAUGACAACGACAAGAACAACAGAUCAAACAAGAGUUCUCGGCGGCGGCGUCGAACGAAACGAGAGAAUGAUGAGCUUCCAAAUAAAUCAAAUCAAGUGCAUGAUGAACGAGACGGAUUCAUGGGAUCUUUGUGUAACACGAAUGUGGCGCCAAAACCGGAAAACAACAGCAACAACAAUAAGAAUAACAAUGGCGAUAACAGUUACUACUACCAACUCGAUUCAAUGAGCGAUACUUCGACAACGACCAACAGCAGCUCUUACGAAUCUGACACAUCCAGUGAAGAAGGCAUGUUACUUGCGAUUCGACCAAACAUCAUCACCGACGUGCAAACAGCCAUCGAUCAAGUCCAUCAGAUGGUGACAGAAGACCCGCAAAAACUUAGCUAUUGGUGUCGUGCAGUUUUCCAAAACUGGGAAGGCAUUGGCAAUAGUUUAUUAUCGAACGGAUCACAUUUACUACAACCAAUCGGCCUAUCAUUCCAAAAAACCGAACUUGACGAAUUGGCACUGUUUUAUAGAACGAUUCUUGGCGGCAGUGGUGUUAGUAGUAAUUAUGAUAUCCGGACAUCCGAGACCGUGACGGAAAGUCUGGAAACAUUGUUGGAUAGAAUGAACAUGAAUACGGAUGGUAUGACAUCAUUGACCACUGCUCAAGAUGCCAAGUCGUCAUCGUGUAUACGUACUAUGGUUGAAUGGUGUCGAGCACUGCUUGCCGUGAUGGAAUGGAUACGGAUCCAACAGCAUACGGAAGAACUGUCAUCAUCAGCAUCUUCGGACGAUUCCGCUACUGAAGGGCAGAGUGAAGAAGCAACAUUCACGCUAUCAUCAUCGUCAUCUUCAGCAAUUGUAGCAACAGCAACACCGUUCAUGGCAGCUGGCGAUAUGUGGUCUGGGAUCUUGUCACACAAGUUUAUCCAAGUCGUGAACAAGAUUGCAUGUAAUAGACAAUCCGUGAUCAGAGAGGUGCUGAAGCAGCAUCUCGCCAGGUACGUUUGUCGAAAGAAGAGAGAGAGAGAGAGGCUUUGUUUUCGGAUUUAUGUAGCAAGCACCAACAGAAAUCAUUAUACUUUUGCCUCACAUGAAAUAAUUCUUAGUUUGGAUGCAGUACGAAUGCGUUCGCUUGUAACACACUUGCACAAUUAUCUGAUCAAUCAUUUUCAUACCGGGCCGUACAAACACGGUGAACAAGACUCGGUUGUCAUGGCGACCAAGUUUUUAGAGCUUGCCUACGAAGCCAAUUCACUAUCAUCUACUGCAUCAGGCACAAUUAUCCCAACCAGUGAUUUCAAUUGCGAAGCCGUAUGUAAGAAGCUCAACAUCAAAAACGAGUAUCGGAUAUGGAGACGUGUGUUACAAUAUGGCGAGGGGCGUCAUUCGAUAUCCACCAUUGCAGCAUCACGACCGUCCUCUUCAGCGAGUCAGUUUUGUGGACUCAACGAACAACAACGACGCACGCGUCUGUUCCUUACAACAACCUCAACCUCCAUUUUGUUACCGUACCCUUUUGCCAACGAAUAUCAAUUCUCAUGGUUCAGUUACCCGUUCCUAUUGCCACCACCUGUCAAACGCAAGAUCUUGCAACUUGACGCCAUGUCGCAAAUGUCGGCCGAGUACGAAGACGCAUGUGUCAACCACACGCUUGUAGUUCAUGCGCGACGUCUUUUGUCCGAUGCACCGCGCAUGGUCCGGAAUCUCGAGACCAACUUGAAAAGUGCUACAUGCCCGUACCUGCUUUUGGAGAUCCGGCGCGAGCAUUUUGUGCAGGACACAUUCCAUCAAGUGUCACGGCAAUGGGUGAAUAUCAAAAAGCCGCUCAAGAUCAAGUUUGUUGGCGGUGGCGAAGAAGGCAUGGAUCAAGGCGGCGUACAAAAGGAGUUUUUCAACGUGUUGUUUGAAAAGCUCAUGGCUAAACCAUUGGGGCUGUUUGAUACUGAUCCGGACACACGACUGCAGUGGAUGCUUCCGGUGGUCAACAAUGAGGACUCGUUACGAACGUAUGAAAUGGUGGGCGUCAUGAUGGGCCUGGCCAUCUACAAUGGCGUCAUUAUGAAUCUCCAGUUCCCGCAAGUGCUUUGGAAGGUGCUUGUGCAACCCAGCGAGGCACGGAUCGAGGCACUCGCCAAUCGUCAUGAGUUGUUUACGUUCCAAGAUUUGUGUGAAGGAUGGCCAUCGUUAGCACACGGACUGCAACAGUUGUUGGAUUGGCCAGAGGACGUGCAGGACGUGUUUUGUCGCAAUUAUGAGAUAUCCUUGGACGUUUUUGGCCAAGGUAUCGCGACAUGGCCAUUGCAACCGGGUGGAACCGAUGUACCCGUGACCAAUGCGAAUCGGACUGACUUUGUAAGGGAUUACUGUACCCAUUUUCUUUACUAUGCCCAACGAGACCCGUUAUUGGCGAUCCGUCGGGGACUAUGGAGCGUCAUGGGCGGCUCAGCCAUGGAUCUUUGCACAGCCCAAGUGUUGGAAGUCGUGGCAUGUGGUCAGCGCCAAAGCGCGGAAAUAGAUUUGGACGAGCUGGAACGCGUGACAGAGUAUGAUGAUGGAUACAGUGCUGAGCACACAACGAUUCGACACUUUUGGUCCAUUGUUCAUCAAGAGAUGACAUCCGAGCAAAAACGCAAGCUGCUCUUCUUUGUCACAGCAAGCGACCGUGUUCCUGUAGGCGGAUUGAAGGAGCUGACGUUUGUCGUACAGCGCAACGGACCGGACAGUGACAGGCUGCCCACAGCACUCACGUGUUUCAGUCGCUUACUACUUCCGGAAUACGCUUCCCGGGAAAAAAUGAGUGAACGUUUAAUCACUGCCAUAGAAAAUGCCAAAGGAUUUGGACUUGUCUAAGCAAGCUUUUCCUUUCUCACAAUUUAUUACAUCGUUUACCCUGUAUAAUAGUUUCUUUAUUGCAUCACCUUGUUUCCUAUUGUUGUUC